AUGGAACUCAUCCAUCAUUACUCUACUCGAACCUACAUGACCAUGUCCUCGAGGCUCGCCACCCAUACUGUCUGGCGGGAUACCAUCUUCGCCGAAGCCUUGCGCCAUGAUUAUCUCUUACACGGCUUGAUGGCUACUGCGGCCUUGCACAAGGCCACUGUGCUGCUCAAGACAUCGGAUGCGUAUGCCGAGUACUCCAAAGUAGCCAUGGCUCACCAGAAUGCUGCCUUGGCUGGAUUCAUUCCGGCAGUCAGCAAUCCUACUCAGGACAAUGGCAUCGCCUUAUUCUCGGUCUCUCUGCUUCUCACGAUCUGGGCCUUUGCAUCAAAAAAAUUACCAGAGGGUUUGGAUCGUGUGAAGCUGGACUUUGGCAGGGGCGAAUCGUCCCCAGGCAUCACUUUGCCACUGAACUCGCCGACGGCCGACUUCAUUGAAAUCAUCAUGAUCCUCAGAGGAAUCUAUGCGGUGAUCAGAGAGACCGACAAGUGGCUUCAAGGUGAUAUUGAGGAGCUGCUGCGCUAUCCGCGCAGUGAAGAUCUGCCUCCGCAUUCACCAGAGGUGGAGGAGGCGUUUAGCACGCUCCGCAAUGCCCUGGACGAUCCUCAAUUAUCGUCACUUUGGGAGGGCGAUGACUCUCAGCGAACGAGGAAUCUGUUUCUCGAACAAAUGGAGCAGUUGCGUGACAUCUCGAGAUGUCGUUCUGUGGUCGAGUGGGAUGGUCACAUAUUCUCCUGGUUGAUCAUGGCACCAUUGUCCUUCAUCCAUUGUCUGAAGCAGAGUAACCCCUUGGCCCUGGCAAUAUUCGCUCACUGGGCUGCCAUGUUCAGGUGCAUGGAUCACCACUGGUGGGCAAAUGGCUGGGGUUACAGCUUGGUUGUGGAUGUGUCCAGCCUGCUAGAUCCUGUGUGGGCGAGAUACUUGGAUUGGCCCAGACGGCAAGUUGGGCUCGUGUUCCAGGGCGGCGGAGCUUUCGACACACGACGGAUGACCUGA